UUUGUUUUAUUUUAGCACUACGUAUUAAGGUGGAGCAAAGAAAGAACUAAAGAAGUGUUAUAGUGAACUGCCAACUCCCACUAGUUUAAUCUAAGCAAAAAAAAAACCAUCGCUCGCUCUCUCAACCUUAUCCAUAUCUAUUUGCGCCCAGCUAGUCUGACUGCCUUCGAUUGCCUCCCCCAGAGAGCUUAGCUUACGGCUAGGAAAUUCUAUUUAAAAUCCCAAACGCAAAACUGCAACUAUUAAACGAUCCGUACGCCAACAUAAUGGACGGCUUUGCCCAUGAAUGGACAACGCCACCGCGUACCGAUACCAGUGCGUUGCACAUGGAUUUGGUGGCGGAGCUACAUGAGAGCGGCUUUGAGCCGCAGACAAGAGCCCGUUCGAAUACGUGGCCAUGUCCAAGACCAGAGAAUUUCGUCGAACCACCAGAUGAGUUGGAGAGUACAAAAGCCAGCAAUCAACAGUUGGCAGGAGGAGAAUCACAACAAACAAAUGUUCCUAGUGUGAAUGCCGCCAAAAAGAAUUCAUCACGUCGCAAUGCCUGGGGUAAUCUCUCGUAUGCUGAUCUUAUAACGCAUGCCAUUGGAUCGGCCAGCGAAAAGCGCUUGACGCUAAGUCAAAUUUAUGAAUGGAUGGUGCACAAUGUUCCGUAUUUUAAGGAUAAAGGAGAUUCGAAUAGCAGUGCGGGCUGGAAGAACUCAAUUAGACAUAAUCUCUCUUUACACAAUCGCUUUAUGCGCGUUCAAAAUGAAGGCACUGGCAAAUCUUCGUGGUGGAUGCUAAAUCCCGAUGCGAAGCCUGGCAAAUCGGUGCGUCGACGUGCUGCCUCUAUGGAAACGUCGCGUUAUGAAAAACGUCGGGGGCGUGCCAAGAAGCGUGUAGAAGCUCUGCGGCAAGCAGGCGUUACCGGCAUCAAUGACAAUACACCUUCGCCCAGCAGUAGUAUAAGCGAGGGACUAGAUCACUUUCCUGAGAGUCCUUUGCACAGUGGGUUUCCCAUAUCGCCGGACUUCCGCCAGAGGGCUUCAUCGAAUGCCAGUUCCUGUGGACGUCUGAGUCCACGCUCUAACCUAGUGGGUUUGGAUUAUGAUUGGAGUUAUACAGAUUAUCAAAAUUCCGCUUCGGCUGCCACCAUGGACAAGUUGGCGGGGUCCAUGGCCGAGGAGUUGACACUACAAAAGGACCUGAUGCAACAGCAGCAACAGCAACAACAACAACAGCAGCAACAACAACAACAAGGGUUUAGCACAGCCUCGGUCAUGCCCACUCAACCCCCACCGCCAUAUCCCAGCAACAAUCAACAGCCAACCUACUCGCUCAAUGGCCCCAUGGCACAGGGCUAUAGCAAUUUGCCCACACAGCAGUGUAUGCUGCAUCGUUCAGUGACUUGCACCUGUUUGCAUGCAACGCGUGAGGGUCUCUCGCCAAAUUCAGUUCAAACCAUGUCACCCGCCUAUCCAAACAGUGAACCCUCAUCGGAUUCCUUAAACACCUACGCCAAUGUAGUCAUAGAGGGUGCGUCUGGAGUAUCAUCCGAUGGCAGUGGCUCCAAUCACUUAAUGGUGCAUCAGCAGCAAAGACAGUUACAACAACAGCAGCAGCAACAGCAGACACAAUCACAACAUAGCUCAAAUUUAGAAGAUAAUAAUUGCGCCUCCACUCUAAUAGGACAAUACUUGGGUGCUCUAAAUAAUGAGGCAGCGCCAAUUGACGAAUUUAAUAUAGAAAAUUUUCAAGGUGGUCUCGAGUGCAAUGUUGAAGAGCUUAUGCAACAAGAAAUCAACAUUGAUGGUCUGCUUGACAUUAACAUACCGCUGACAGCGGUCAAUAGUGCCGUGAGCAAUAGUGUCUCAAAUGCUGGUCAUCUGGGAGCAGUAAAUAAUGCAUCAUCACCAUCGGCGACACCAUCAAUAACGGCCACAACAGGCGUAACGUUGACCACACACCAGCAACAGCUCAAUCAAUUGCAGGUACAUUUGCAGCAGCAACAACAACAGCACCAGCAACAAUUGCAGCAGCAGCAGCAGCAACAACAACAACAACAACAAUUGCCACCAAUGCUGAACAACAACAAUAAUACGCCUAUGACAACCGGGCUGGAAUUGCCGACACAAACGCCAACCUCCAAUCUAAAUGCCAUAGUACAAUACCCACAGCAGAAUGUGGUGACACCACCGUCAUGGGUGCAUUGAUACAGCCGAUUGGUCCAGUACUUUCCCUAUCACCACAUACAGCAUCAGUACACGAAUCACCAACAUCAUCACCACCACAUUCACAUCCACCCCCUUCAUAACAGCAAUAAUGGCAUACCAACCAACAUCCCUAGCAAUAGGGCAGCAAUCUACAAGCACAGAGGAGGAGGAGGAGGAGGGGCAGCCGUAGGAGAGCAUUAUAAUGGCAAACAACGAAAGCUAAGCUUACGUCAUUUAUGAGGCGAGGAUAAGAGGGUGUUUGUGUUCCCUCCACCCCCACCGCCCUCACCAAAACCAAAACAUUACCAGUGAAGCUUUAAGGAAUUCUAAAACUGCUCUUCAAUGCUGUGCUUAAGUAUGGAUCUGUUAUUGCGUGUGCGUGCGUGCGUGCAGUUGUGUGUGUGCGUCUGUGUAUUGGCAGUCGAAAAGGCAUGGCCCAUAAUAAAGGGGAAUCCCCUCUAUUCACUCUCCCCAAAUGUUCGGGCAUUGCCUAUUUGCCCAUGUUGCUGCAACACCUAACUGGAUACCCAUAAGAAAAGGAUAAUUUAAGGACAAUAGUGUAAAAAAAAACAACAACAAAAACCUGUACAGAAACCACAAUUCUCGUCUCC